CAUUGCACAAAGUUGACAUCACAUUUAGGAAGUCAGUGGAGAGACCACAAGAGCCUUUUAACCAACAAAUUCCUUACUCUUUUGACUCUAAACCCUUGCAUGAGUCCCAAGUAGUGAUUUGUGGCGAUCAACAUCAUCUUUCUAGUAUCAUGCUCCACUUGAAAUAUCAAAUUAUCUUCUCCACUUCCACUAAUUAAGCAUAGCCCUCAUAUCUUAAUUUCUACAAUCUCAAUAGCAGGACACCUAAUCAACAGCUCACCAUCCUAAAGAUCUCGUUUGGUUUGAUAAACUCUUUAGGAUGCCUUCAACUUACCAUUUAGCCCUUGCAUAAGCUUCGAUCUAUUGGUUCUUGAGAAGGGUAUUAUCGGCAUAUUGAAAUACCUUUGUCCUAAGCCUCAUUAUGAAAGUAGACAAGUGUGUGUUAGGUAGAUGUCCAUUUACGCAAUGACAUGUUUUUUUUCGGACCUUUAUUGACUCUAUUCAGUUUAUGAGAGAUGUGCCAAGAUUUUUAUGCAAGUCCAACACAGGGAGGAGAUUAUAUAAAAGGAGACCUCCAUUGUUUAAAUGAGGAUACAUGCAUAUUGAGCUUGGUAAACAUGGGAAGGUUCUCACUCUAUCAGCUAGUGAUUCUAUUUGCCUUCUUUCACCUAAUUAUUUCCUCCAACGGGUAUCAAAGAAUGUUUCAAGGUACUCUAGACCUUCAAGCUUUCAAUCCUCAGCGCAAUUUCGAAGAGGGAACAAUGGAAGGGAUGUUCAGCGAAAGAAUGAAUAGGGAGAUUGAAAAUGACUAUCCUGGAUCGGGUGCCAAUAAUCGUCACACACCAAAACCGCCUGGAAGAAAAAUGAAGUGAUUUCUAUUAGAAAACGUCGAAGGAGGAAAUACUGUAUUAUCUAACAUAACGUGCUACAAAUUUGCAAAAUAGCAAAGUAGUUAGUUCUAGUGAAAGUUGAACUGAAUGUCAGAUUAUGAUGUAGUGAUGCAACUAUUUAUGCUUCUGUCUGAAAUCCGAAUGUUUUUAAAAUUUCAAGCUUAAGUAUGACUUUUCAGUAUGAAUAUCCAAUAUUGUGGACUUUCUUCUUCAGCCA